CAAAUCCAGCAUCAGUCUGAGCAUGGUCUGAACAACGCAUAUGUUUCGUUGUACCAAAACCAUGUUAUCUUUGUGCUCGGUCUGGUUGAUAUCCCGGCUGCAACGGCAGUCACCGUUUGGGUUGCUACUUGCAGCUGAUCCUGUGGCUGCAACAGUAACUGCUGUCUGUCUGGAAUAUCCUCCUUUGCAGCUAAUGACUAAAGGGGCCGAUGCUCUUGGGAAUUGUUACAGUCCACCAUCUUUUUGUGGGAGUUUCUAGCUUAGGAUACUGCAAUAUCACCGGAGCGUCUUCGGACAGCACAGCCCCUGGCUUGUACCUACCUGCGAUUUCCACCGCGAUUCUAAGCUACCUUGAUCGUACCGCUGGCGGACUUUUCAC